GUUGGUUUACAUCUGAUUGCAUCAACAACAACGGGACCAAGGGAAAGUCCAUCCUCUUUCUUCCCCAAAAUAAAGGAUUCAUUCGGUGCAUUAAUUUGUUUUACUUAGUGUAUAAACAUGUCAGAUGGAAAGAAGAGAUGCCAACCAGCGUGGUCCCUACCAUCUGGGAAGAGUGCACCACAGCUUAUGCUCUUCAACAGUUUGACCAGAAAAAAGGAACCGUUUAUCCCGAUGAAUGGGAAUACAGUGAAAUGGUACAGCUGUGGUCCAACGGUGUACGACUCAUCCCACAUGGGUCAUGCCAGGUCGUAUAUCUCCUUCGAUAUCAUGCGUCGCAUUCUCUCUGACUAUUUUGGAUAUGAUGUUUUCUACUGCAUGAACAUCACAGAUAUUGAUGAUAAAAUCAUCAAAAGGGCACGGACAACAUACCUGUUUGAAGAUUACGUUGGCAAGACAACCAAUAUUGAACAAAUUCUGAGGGACCUAGACGAGGCCAUGGUGAAAUUCAAAGAAAAAUGUGGCAAUGAAACAAAUGCUGACAAGAAAGUGAUGCAACAAAAGAUCAUCAAUCAGGUGUUAGGGUCACAGAAUGCGCUCAGUGAAGGGGUCAACGGGCAGACUAAAGCUGAUGAACUGCAAGUAAUGAAAACACAACUUUUGCAAGAUGCUAAAGACCCACUAUCCGAGUGGUUAGAUGGAAAGUUUGGGAGCAGUGUGGUGGACAAUUCUAUUUUUAGCAAAUUACCUCAACAUUUUGAGGCCGAGUAUCAUCAAGACAUGGAAGACUUGAAUGUUCUUCCAGCAGAUGUUCUUACUAGGGUCAGUGAAUAUGUUCCAGAGGUUGUCGAGUACAUUGAGAAAAUCAUUGCAAAUGGAUAUGCCUACCCCUCAAAUGGUUCCGUAUAUUUUGCAACGAGUACAUUUGAUGAAACUAAUGGACACCACUAUGCUAAGCUCGUACCAGAAGCGUACGGCGACAGCACAGCAUUACAAGAGGGCGAGGGUGACCUUAGCAUAUCUCAAGACCGUCUAAGUGAGAAGCGUUCCGACAGUGAUUUUGCUCUUUGGAAAGCGUCAAAACCAGGGGAACCGUCAUGGGACUCACCUUGGGGCAAGGGUCGGCCUGGUUGGCAUAUCGAAUGUUCAGUUAUGGCAAGCUCUAUAUUGGAGGAAUCAAUGGAUAUUCACACAGGUGGAGUAGAUUUGAAGUUUCCUCAUCAUGACAACGAGUUAGCCCAAGCUGAGGCAUACUACAACAAUGAUGACUGGGUCAAAUACUUUUUGCAUGCUGGACACUUGACCAUUGAAGGCUGCAAAAUGUCAAAAUCAUUGAAGAAUUUCAUCACGAUCAGGGACGCGCUCAAACAACACUCGGCUCGACAAAUACGUCUCAUGUUCUUGUUGCAUUCCUGGAAGGAUACCUUGGACUACUCCACAUCCACAAUGGAAGUUGCCAAAGCCUAUGAGAAAAUGAUCCAUGAGUUUUUCCUAAAUGUGAAGCAUGUAUUACGAGCAAGUCCAUCGUCAGGACCAGGAGCGUUCACAAAAUGGAAUGAAGAAGAAAUUAAACUGAAUGAUCAGUAUUAUCAGGGCAAGGCCAAGAUCCAUCAGUCUCUAUGCGAUUCAAUUGAUACUCGGUCGGCUUUAGAAGGGAUGCGUAUUUUGGUAACGCACUGUAACAUAUAUAUGCAAGCUAAGCAGACAUCUAAACAGGUGCCCAACAGGAAACUUCUUGAAGGCAUAGCCAAGUAUCUAACCAGGCUACUAAAGGUUUUUGGUGCAAUAUCUGAGGAUGAGUCUAUAGGUUUCCCUAUCGCUGGUGGAUCACAAAAUGCAAAUGUAGAGGAGGUUGUUAUGCCAUAUUUAGAAACUUUAUCCCAGUUUCGUGGACAAGUGCGAAAAAUUGCAAGGGAACAGAAAGCGACAGACAUUUUAAAACUCUGCGAUGGUCUCCGAGACGAUGUCUUACCAGAACUUGGAGUAAGGUUAGAAGACCGAGAGGGCGAUGCGGCAGUAAUUAAGUUGGAUGACAGGGAGACACUUCUUAAAGAAAGAGAAAUGGCGUUAAAGGAAGCAGAAAAGAAAAGAAAACAAAAAGAGGAAGCAAAGAGGAAGGAAGAAGAGAGACAGGCUGCUAAAGAAGCCCAGAGACGGAUCCCUCCUCAAGAAAUGUUCAAGAAAGAAACCGAUAAAUAUUCACAGUUUGAUGAUAAGGGCAUGCCAACUCAUGAUACAAAGGGUGAAACUUUGAGUGGUAAACAAGUUAAGAAACUUGCCAAGGCCUAUCAGCAACAGGAGAAGCUCUACAAUGAAUGGGUGAAAUCUCAAAAUACAAACAGUUAAAGCCUUGGUGUAUAAGAAAUACGUCUGUACCAAUAAAGUGAAGUGAUAAAUGUGCAUUGUGUUUGUUUACAAGGGUUGACUGGGUUACCAGGAAGAAAAUGUAAAUCAUAACAUAUGGAUUGGCAUUGGUGCUUUCUAUUCUGGAUGCUAUUAUUGUUACCUAUAAAUGACAAUACUUAUCGACAUAUUUUGUCAUCCUAUUAGUAUUAAUACAAAGCAUCAAAGGAUACAGUAUGUACUUAUUUAUUAUUAUAUAUAUAUAUAUACAGUAAAUCUUAUGUGAGUCUGUGCAAAAAAGUUUUUAAUUGUUAUUACAAGUGGUAUACGAUGGCAUAAAUAGACCUUUCUGAAGUGCCAAUCAAACUUAUCAAUUGAGCAAUCAUAAAACGGUAACGAAUACAUGCGUGUCCUACAGAUUCACAUGUUUUCCCACAAAUGCACAUGUUUACGGUCAUUUACGCUAUUAUUUUGUGUGACCUUAGCAACAAUAUUCAAGGAGUAGGGCUUAGCAUCUAACGUAUGAACAGCGCUGAACACAACUUCAUGUGUUUGAAUAGAAUUUAAGUCAACAUCAUGUGUGUGUGUGCAGACCUGAACUCAGCAUCUAGCGUAUGAACAGACCUCAAGUCAACAUCAUGUGUGUGAACAGACCUGAAGUCAACAUCAUGUGUGUGAACAGAUAUGGACUCAGCAUCUAUCAUACGAACAGGGCUGAACACAACAUCGUGUGUGAACAGCCCUGAAGUCAACGUCAUGUGUGUGAACAGACCUGAACUCGGCAUCUAGCAUGUGUAUGAAUACAGCUGAACAAAACAUUUAGAGUGUGUGCGUGUAAACACGAUUAGAGGAAUGAGAACACUGCAAAAAAUCUUAUUCAUCUAGGGCCUAUCUAUAUCUACCGCUUCCAUGUCUUAAUCUUCUAAUCCAAUACCACCAUUAAAAAUGCGCCUCCCUGCUUAGAUUUUCCGGAUAUUAUAAUUUUGUUUUGAUUGUGUUCAUCAGUAACUAUUUUUCUUGUUAUUUUCUGAAAAUAUUUUCAUUCCUAAACUCUAGUUCCAUGUAAUAUUUAGGAAAAAUAUUUUAUAUGAAUUAUAAUUUUCUGAUGGUCGUUUAAAUGCAUGUGUUGGCAAAAAUUAAUGUGUGGAAGGGACGAAGUGAAUUUUUGUUUUAACACUGUGGGCCGCACACAAACUCUGGCGUUUUAUGGUGAAAAUUGGGCAUUUCCUGUGCUUGUUAAAACAUAUUUUUAUCACUAUAUGCUUGGUAUAAUAUUACUUUUACUGAUGGCUGGCUUUACACAGGUUUUUAGAUAUUUGUUUUCGUGGACGGCCGUGAGCCGCACUUUGCCUACCUGUGUUUUAAAGGAACACUUAAGCAUCCUGGACAAAAUCUAUUUACUGAAAUACAGUAUAUGGUGAUUCCGUUUUGUUGGAGUCUAAUUGUUAUUAUUUGGUUUUAAGUGUAGCUAGUUUAUAUUUUUAUUUUGUUGCUAUGCAUAUCUGCUGUGUCGACUUAAUAAUUGAUAACCUAUAUACAAUAUAUUAGUUUAAAAUGUUAAAACUGAUAGUUAAAUGAAUUUUAAAAACAUUUAUUUGUUUCUAAGUUAAAAAGUAGAAUGGAAAUUGAAGGCAGAUUAUUUAUGUACCUGUUAUUACGACUUGCAGACUGGAUUGGAUUUUCAAUAAACAAGAAAGUCUGAAAUAGAUGGCUAUAACAUAUUGGAAA